GUAAAAGUUGUUGCAGUUUCAUCGGCAUUCAGCAGCGGACGACAAAACAAGAUGAAGUACCUCGAGGAGAAGACGCUGAGCUGGGCGAACGCCGCGCUGAGCGAGUUCUGCGUCGGCGACCGGGUCAUCAAUGGGAGGCUUGAGUGCUUCUCGUGCAAGAAAGCAGGGCAAGACAAAAAGCUCGCCAAGUCGCUCGAACUUCUGUACCAAUCCAACAACAACGGUAACACCAGCGUUGUUGAACAACAAGCAACACCCGCAACCGUACACAACAACGUGUCCAUCGGGACGUUGGCGGACUCGAACACAAGGAAACUCCUGAUCAACUUGAUCUCGACCAUGAACGCUUCCUUCCCCGACUACGACUUUUCCGACUUGAAACCAGAGCAGUUCCACAAGGAAGUCGACAUGCGCACGAUAGUGAACGCGAUCAACACACAACUGGCAGAAAUCGUCGAAAUGGACAACAUUGGGUUCCUCGAGAAGCUGUGGGAGUCCAUCGUUGCCGCGAUCGCGCCCGGCGACUGCGAAGUCUACAGCUACAUCCCUGACAUGGACGGGUGUUCGGAUCCGUUCAGCGACGGCACGUUAUGGUCAUUCAACUACUUCUUUUACAACAAGGAGCUCAAGAAGAUCCUGUACUUCACGUGCAUGUCAAGGAGUGCCGUCCACGACCUGAACGGCCACGACGAGGAAGAUGAUGACGACGAUAUGGUGUGCAGAUCGGAAGACGACGACGAAGACGACGACGUUCUUAUGGAAGGCGACUGGGAGGACGGCGCGUAGGAUAGAUGCAUGUCCGUCCGUCCAGGAAGCUGUGUCGACGCGUGCCGUCGGGGUGUAUUCGUGUGCAUGAAUCUCAAGAAUCUCCUCCAUGACGUGUUGGGUCAUCGAUACAACGGGCGAGUGCGCGCCGCCAACUGGUGCGUCGUUCCUUCGACAUGCGGCUGUUGCUGCAGGUCCUCGUCUUGCCGAAGGACAACGUCGUAUUUUCGAGGAGUCGUCUUUGGCGCGGCGGCGGCUGACUUGGGCCGCUUGGUAGUCGCGCAUCUGUCGUCUUCGUUGUUGUUGUUGGGGGCGCUAGUGGCGUUAACCCCUCCACUGUCUGAAGCAGUCACGGACGCUACUGCUUUGAGUUUUCGUGCCGGAUUCGCUCCUGACGACGUCAUCGGGCGGA